AUGUUCCUUGGAUACAAUAAAUUAUAUAUAGUUAUUAUUUUUAUAUACUUACAAAUAUCAUCCCUAAAAACAUAUGAUUAUAGUAAGUACAGUAAAAAUACUAUCGUAAACAUAAUUCCACUACAAACAUUGACAGAAAUAUAUAAAUAUGAACCACAAAAUGAAGAUAUAAUAAAAAAUAAUUUAUUAAAGAAAGAAUUUAACAAAUACCAGUAUCUAAAUUAUGAAUUAUCACUUGAUAAAUUAAAAGAACAUAAAAAUAUAAUGAAUAACUAUAAAAAGUGUUCAAAUUAUUCAAACAACUUUUUUAAAAAAUUCAAUAAACUGUUUUCUUCAACCACAAAAAAUACAUUCAAAUUUUGUAAAAAGUUAUUUUCAUUCAUCCCGGAAAUAUUACAUUCUUUAAAAGAUAAUAAUACAAGUGAUUUAUUAAUAUAUCAUUUGUUAUUCUUAAUAUUUUUUGGUGUUCCUUUUAUAUUAAUAAUUACUAUUAUUCUAUGA